CUUCAAUUGGGAUUCUGCCAUCACCACUGAGAUCGUUCUCUCAACAGAUCGUAUAGACGUAUAGGCGCAGCGACGUCCCGAUACUCUUACGACAGCUCGCUUUGGAAGUGAAAUUGGGCUACCCCUGCACCCAUCCACACACAAAUCGCUUUACUUAUACUGCCGGAACACCUCCGUAUUGCGCGUUGUACUGGACUGGACUCAGUGCCGUGUCCUUCUUACCAAGCACUUCACUCAACGCACAAGUAUCGCCGGGCACUCCUACCGAUCGAACAGUUGAUAUCGGUUACCUGGCGUGUCCUGGAAAAAACUGCAUGUGCUAGUUUGACUUGCUGAGCCGUUGAACAAACAAUUGUGCGUAUUUAAAUUCUACAUUUAAUCAGGUUGCUCUGUGAGUGCGUGCAGUGCGACUUGCUGCUGUUAAAUUCAUGGUAAUAUAAAGCAUCUAUAAAUAUUACAUUAUAUUAUUAUUUAAGUAUGUUGAAAAGCUACCAAAAAAAUAGUAGUAAAUGCAUUAUAUCCUCCUGCCGUUGUGGAUAUAGAAAUAGUCCGAAAGCUUCACCCAUUAGAUUGUUCUCAUUUCCAUCGGAUCCAAUAUUAUUUAAUAAAUGGAUUGAGUCUUGUAAUUUGGAUAGCAAAAUGGUGAAAAAAACUGCACGAAUUUGCGAUCGUCAUUUUGAGCCGGAGCUGUUAGGAAAGGUUCGAUUAAGACCCGAAUCGGUUCCAACAUUAAAUCUUUCUCUGCUGACACCAUUGAAUGCAAGUAUUUGUGAUGAGAAUACAUUUUCAGACCAUACAGUAGACAACACACCAAUAGAAAAUUUAAAGAGAAUCAAACUGGCCGAUGUGGAUAAUAAUAAUAAAAUGUCGAACGAAUUUGAGCAAGAGUCCGAAACAGAAACUUCCGAUGAAGAUCCAUUACAAAAUGAUGAUUUAAUUGAUUUCGAAUUUUGUGAAAGCGACCCAAUAAAAAAGUUGUCUGCUAAUCAAAAAGACCACCGAAAUGCCGGUCACAAAUGCAUUAUUUCUUCCUGCCGUAUCGGAUAUAGAGACAGUCUGAAAGAUUCCCCUGUUAGAUUAUUCUCAUUUCCAACGUUUCCAUUUUUAUUAAAUAAAUGGAUUGAGGCUUGUAAUUUGGAUAAAGAAAUGAUCAAAAAAACUUCACGAAUUUGCGAACGACAUUUUGAGGCAAAUUGUGUAGGAAAGCGUCGAUUAAAAAGCAAGGCAAUUCCAACAUUAAACAUUCCGGAUAAAACUAUGUUGACUCCGUUGAAUGCAAGUACUUGUGAUGCGAAUACACUGUCAGGCAAUACAGUAGACAACAAACAAACAGAAAAACGUAUUGAAAUAACGGUAAAAAAUGUAUCCGACCUGCAGAAUAAAAAUUCAAACGAAUUAGAGCAAGUGUCCCAAACAGAAAUGCCCAGUGGAGAUCCAUUAGAAAAUAACAAAUCGAAAGAUAUAAAAUUAUGCAUUUUGCCCAGUGGAGAUCCAUUAGAAAAUAAUAAUUCGAAAGAUAUAAAAUUAUGCGGAAAUGAACAAAAAAAGGACAACCGAAAAUCCAGUCUCAAAUGCAGUAUUUCUAACUGCCGUUUAGGAUAUAGAAACAGUCCGAAAGAUUCCCCUGCUAGAUUAUUCACAUUUCCAUCAGACCUAUUAUUCUUCGACAAAUGGAUUGAUGUUUGUAAAUUGGAUAGAAAUUUGAAUAGAAGAACUGCACGAAUUUGCGAGCGGCAUUUUGAGGACAAGUAUUUAGGAAAGCUUCGACUAAAGCAUAAAGCAAUACCGACAUUAAACUUGCCUGAUAAGCCUCUGUUGACUCCAUUGAAUGCAAGUACUUGUGAUGAGAAUACAUUGUCAGGGAAUACAGCAGACAACAAUCUAGCUGAUUUGCAGUAUACAAAUUCAAACGAAUCAGAGUUUGAAACUGAUGAAGAUCCAUUUGAAAAUAAUGAAUCGAAUAGUAUGGAACUAUGCGAAAAUGAACAAAAAAAAGACAACCGAAAAUCCGGUCACAAAUGCAUUAUUUCUUCCUGCGUUUGUGGAUAUAGAAACAGCUCGACCAAUUUGCCUGUGAGGUUAUUCUCAUUUCCAUCGGAGCCAUUAUUAUUAAAUAAAUGGGUUGGGGCUUGUAAUUUAAAUAGAAACAUGGUCAAAAGAACUUCACGAAUUUGCGAACGACAUUUUGAGUCCGAGUGGUUCGGAAAGCUUCGACUAAAGUCUCAAGCAAUACCAACAUUGAAGUUGCCUGAUGAUACUCGAUUGACUCCAUCAAAUGCAAGUAUUUAUGAUGAGAAUUCAUGUUCAGGCAAUUCAGUAGAUAACGAACCAAUAGAAAGACAGAUGCCACCAUUGAGAUUGAUUGAGAAUAAUACGAUAUCAACAGAAAUUCCUGAUAAAGAUCCACUAGAAAACAAUGAAUCGAUUGAUACCGAAUGUUCAGGCAAUUCAGUAGAUAAUAAACCAAUAGAAAGACAGAUGCCACCAUUGAGAUUGAUUGAGAAUAAUACGAUAUCAACAGAAAUUCCUGAUAAAGAUCCACUAGAAAACAAUGAAUCGAUUGAUACCGAAUGUUGUAAAAACUGCAUAGAAAAAGAGCAAACCGAGUCAUAUUACCGAAAAAAAUGCUUUGAGCUACUGGCAGAUAAACAAAAAAAAGAGGAAGACUUUAACAAACUUAAGAAACGAUUUAGGGACUUAAGAAAGGCUGUAUCUCGCAAAAAUACUCGACGCAGAACUAGAGCUUUGUCAAAUUACAAUGUUCUUCCUUUAAUAGCCAGCAUGCCUAAUGUUUCUACGGAGGUAAAGACUAUAUGUACCAUGCUUUUAAAAAAGACAACGACCUUUACCCCCGCAGAGAAAGUUAUUGCGCAAAAUAUAAACUUUUAUUCGUCCAGGACUUAUAAAUAUCUGCGAGAUGUUUUACAUUUAAAUCUACCAACAGAACGAAGUUUAGAGCGAUGGGCUGUGCGUUUCGGACCAGGAUUUAGUCCCGAUUUACUUGGCACUUCCAACAAUUUUUCAUAACAAACCAAAGUCCAUGCCUUCUACACCUUGAAUCUCCUGCUCCAUAAUUAUUUACUGAUUUUGAUAAAGAACAAAUUUAAAUGGCCUAAAAGAGGAUAAAAGCUUCUAAAAAAAUCAAAACCAACUGAGAAUAUGUUUAAAAUAUAAUGGCAGUAGGAUUAUUACUAAGUUCUUUUAAGUUUAUUUUUGAUUUAUUAUACCCGGUAAUCGGGUAAAUAUUAAAUAUUUUUUCGAUUUCUUUGAAAUAUUUGUAUAAUUUAAUUAAUUUUCCUACGAAGGAUGUUGUAAAUCGACCGUUAA